GUCGCGAUCGCUCAGGCAGACCAACGAAUAGGAGACUGCACUCUCAGGCCGAAGAUCAACGAGUCAAACCACAGUGGACAUCUCACUCGAAUACCCCACAACUAGCCUGACAUCGUUCAAGGGGAAAGGCUGCGAUCAUUUCAGAUCCAGACAGCUCAAGAUUAGCCUACUCAUCAUUUGUCCAUAGCCCACAUUCGCCAGUAUCUAACGCAGAUGGGCGAAGCAGAGCAACCAGCCCCAGUCGACAGCGGGCAAGAUCUCCCGGUCACGAAGCGUACGGCCUUCGAAGAACCGAGUAGUGCAGCUCAUGAUGCGAAAAGAAUGAAAAGCGCUCAGGAUGGACCGACAGAAUUGACACCAGAUGUUACAACCCCAGCUAUCAAACCUCCAGCUAAAAACUGGAGAGUUGCUUUCCCCGAGAAGCCUGCGGUUAUAGAAGAGCGAAACGGCGAGAUUGAAUUCAGAGUUGUCAACAAUGAUGGUUCCCAAGAAAGUACGAUCAUCCUUACAGGGCUCAAAUGCCUGUUUCAGAAGCAGCUUCCGAAGAUGCCGAAGGAUUACAUUGCACGCCUUGUCUAUGACCGCGCCCAUCUAUCUAUUGCCAUUGUGAAAAUGCCAAUGGAGGUCAUUGGUGGUAUAUCGGUUCGAGAAUUCCGACAUCGCAAGUUUGCCGAAAUUGUCUUUUGCGCAGUCUCAUCUGAUCAGCAAGUAAAAGGCUAUGGUGCACAUCUUAUGGCGCAUUUAAAAGACUACGUCAAGGCUACUUCCCCGGUGAUGCACUUUCUAACCUAUGCUGAUAAUUAUGCCACUGGUUAUUUUCAAAAACAAGGCUUUACCAAAGAGAUCACCCUCGACAAGUCGAUAUGGAUGGGCUAUAUCAAGGAUUAUGAAGGAGGCACACUUAUGCAAUGCACCAUGCUUCCCCGAUUACGAUAUCUUGAAGUUGGCCGUAUGUUGCUAAAACAGAAGGCAGCUGUCCAAGCCAAAAUGCGUCUCUUAAGCAAAAGCCACAUAAUUCAUCCACCACCUCCGCAAUAUGCCAACGGUGUUACUCCAAUUAAUCCGCUCUCCAUCCCCGCCAUUCGGGAAACUGGCUGGUCUCCAGAAAUGGAUGCAUUAGCAAGGGAACCACGGCAUGGACCACAUUUUAAUGAAUUACGACGAUUUUUGAACCAAAUCCAAAACCAUAAACAGGCAUGGCCUUUCCUCAAUCCGGUCAACAGAGACGAAGUCCCUGACUAUUACGAUGUUAUCACAUCGCCAAUGGAUCUGUCGACCAUGGAAGAAAAAUUGGAGAACGAUGCUUAUACUGCUCCAAAAGAACUUGUCCGCGAUCUACAAUUGAUUUUCAGUAAUUGUCGGCAGUAUAAUGAUGCAACAACUGUCUAUGCUAAGUGUGCGGCUAAGUUGGAGAAGUUCAUGUGGAGCCUUAUCAAGGAGAUUCCGGAGUGGUAUGAACUACUUGAAGAAUGAUUGGUCUAGAGUGCCAACGGACAGCCAGAUGGCGGCCGAGGUAGUAUUAACAUUUCGUAUCGCCGAAGCCCUUCUAUGAGUUGGAGUGCUUUUACCAUACUACCAUACUCGAAUAUUAUAGAACGUGAUACCCGUC